AUGGAGGCCACGAUAGAAGUUGUUAUAUCACAAGUAGUACGGAGUGGUUUAAGUUUGUCUCUAAGUUCCUUUGUUGAUGUCGUUGAUGAAGAGAUCCAGCUUUUUAGUGGUCUGGUUGCUCGGCCGGGGGCUCUAAGAAGGUUCGUGGUUGCUGUCCCAUUCAGAACUACGAUGGUUUUGGAUUUCAUUGUUGGUAGCGAUGUGGGGGAACAUGGGGCAUAUGGAACCGAAACUCGACAAAUCAAGUUUGAAGCUAAGCUAAAUGGAUGUGCCAGGAGACAGAUAAAGCUCAAGGCUGCUACUAUAUCCGUGAAGGUGGCCUGGUCCUGUAUUUGA